CUCGAGGCGGCGCCGCCCGCGAUAGCCGCUGCAUCUGGCAGAGCCUUUUGGCUGCGGCGACGCGAUGCCCGCCCCCAUCGGCGCGAAGUCGCUGAAGUACAGGAAGCAGCGCAGGAGGUCCGUGUCAUGCUGUGCGCUCUGCUGCGCAGUGCUCGUGUACAUGGCGUGGAUCCUGGGGCUCACGACCUUCGCGAUGGCGGUCUUCGAGCUCGGCGGCGUGACCCCGGUCCUGCGCGUGGUGCUCGACUGGACCGUCGUCCCGGCCGUGGGCUCGGUGGUAGGGCCCGCGGCGACCUGCGCUGCCACGCUGGGCAGCGCGGUGUCGCACGUGGUGAACACGACCCUCUCCCUGGCGAACUACACGGAUGACGACGACCUGCUCCACCAGGCGGUCGGAGAGGUGCUGGUCGGCUCCGGCGCGCUCGACGUGGCGGAGGGGGUGUCUGCGCUGCAGCGCGCGAUGGGCGAGGGCCCGACGACCCCCGCGAGGCCGCCGCGCGCCGUGCAGGCCAUGACGGUGGCGGGCGGCACGCUGCGGCCGACCUUUCGGCCAACGGUGAAGAGGUACGAGGUGCACCUCGACGACGGGCUCGCGGACGGGUGUGGCCCGGAGGGUUGUCCGGGAGGCGUCCCCGCAGUCGAGGUAGAGGUGAUUCUGAAGCGCGCCGGCACCGUUCGCGUCGACAGGGAGGUGGUCCAGAAUGCGAGUGGCCCUCUGCGCAGGCGCGUGCCCCUGCAGCAGCUCUUCCGCGCUGGCGAGGAGCCCCAAAGCCACCAGACUGUCAUCGUCCAGGUGACCGACCCAGACGCAAGCAAGCCGCACUCGGACUUCUAUGUUCUGAAGGUCGUCCGCCCUCCUGAGCGGAAGCAGAAGAAGGCGGACACCCAGCGGGUGGCGAGGCGGAGGCUGGCAGACCGCGCAGACCUCGGCGACGCGGUGCUCCUGGACGACCAGAGGCUAGUGGCGUCAGAGGACCCCCAGGCGAGGCAGGAGCAGCAGCUGCCGAGCCUCCAGGACCGGGUGUCCCUGAUCAAGGAGACCCCCGUCGACGCGGACGGUGCCGACGCUGGCGCGGACGGCGCUGGCGCUGGCAGCGCUGGCAGCGCCAGGGUAGGCGCAGACGUGGAGGACGACGCGGACGGGGAGGACGAUCGCGGCGAUGACAACGGAACCGACUCCUUCGAGGACGUGGCGCCGGAGAUGGCGCCAGUCGACAAAGACGCAGAGGUCAUCCUGAAGAAGAGCGACUACAGAGUCUUCCUGGAGUCGAAGGGCGGGUACUGCGAGAAAGUGGGGGGCAUAUUUGAGACUGGGCUGAAGGAGAUGAACUUCUGGUCCGCGGAUCAGGACCACCUCGUGUGUUUCCCCUCGCAGAGAGGCGGCGAGGUGCGGGUUCAGGCGCAGGCGGAUCCUCCGCUGAAGCCCUCACAGCGCGGCGGCUUCGGCUUCGGGGAAGGCUUGAGCGUGGGCCUGAGGCCGAACAUCGAGACCAGCGCGAUCUGGCCCCUGGAGAGCGGCGUGGCCAGCCUGCCAGUGUCGCCCAACCCCGUCAGGCUGAUGGGGCUCCGCACCGAUCAGGGGGGCGGCGAGACGUCGGACCUUCCGGUGGUCAUGGCCACCUCCAGGGUGGAGGAUUGGGCCCUGGAGCUGAACUUCGUGGACCCUCGACAGGGCAGGUGCGAGCCCGACGCCUCGAGUCCUGGCGUGCGGCGCUUCGCUUGCAGGGCCAAGGAUCCAGGCGCGGAGGUGAGGCUGCUCGUGCUCUGCGACAUCUGCUCGCCGAGGGCCGGGCAGGGCGGCAGGGCGCUGGACAUCCAGCAGGAGACGGCCGAUGGCGUCCCGCUGGAGGUCGGCACGAGGCGGCUGCAGGAGGGCGGCUCCGCCGUGCCCUGGGUCGGCUGGGCCACCCACGCCCCCUCGAAGCGCGGGCACUCGUUCUGGACGAUCACGGUCGGCGAGGGCCCCGAGUUCAGCGAACGGGAGUCCAAUGUCGAAUACCAGGUUGGCCUGGUAGUGGGUCCGACGCGCAUGCCGUGGGACGCCUCCAACAUUUCGCCCGACCAGUGGGAGACCUUGGGGCAGAACCUGUCGCUGCUCGGGCUUGCCUCGGUCGUGAUGUACUUUGUGGCGAUGGUCAUGCAAGCCCUCGGGCUGCCGGCGCCAACGCUCGCCGGGCUGCCCACUCUCUCCGCAGCCGUCGCCUCGAUGCAGCUGGUCGCCAUCAUCGGCAGACAGGUCGCGGAGCCGCCUGUGAGGCUGGAGGCCUUCGCGAAGCCGCUGCUCCCCGUCGAGAUGGUCUCGACAGUGGCCUACGCCUUCUUGGCGGUGGUCGUGAUCCACGCCCUGGCCGUGGGCAGGCACAUCUUCCGCAAUGGAUCCGGCUCCGCAGAGAGCCUGCCCCACGGCCUGAGGAUGGGCGCCUGGGAGCUCCGCGCCUUCAAUGUCCUUGUGUUGCCGCUGGCCUACAAGGCGGCGACGCUCGCGCUCGUCUUCUGCAUCCCAGACUACUCCUCCGCGCCCGGAUUCUUCGUCGCCAACGUCUUGGAGACGGCCUUGGGUAGCGUCUUGCUGCUCGGCCUGCUGGCGAUCCCAGCCUGUGUUGUCUACGUGGUCCGCGGCUUGUUCCACACCGAGCAGGUGAUCGGCAUGAUCAUGCCUGGAUCCUCUAGCGUUGUGUUCGUGGACAGGACCUGCGACCAGCUGCGGGCGAUCCCCAUGAACAUCUGCCGGGUGGCCACCUACGGCAGGCCGUCCGCCAUCCGCCUGGCCUUCCUCGCGUCGCUGCCGGGCUGGUCGUUCUCCCCCACUGCGGCCACCAUCUCCGAGGUCGAGCACCGCGGCGCUCCUGGGCGGGGCAGCGCCAGGAGAGUCGGCUCGUGGGGCCUGGUGUGGGAGGCGGGCCCCUGGGGCAAGGCAGGCUCCACCAGCCAGCAGGAGUCCAUCGACGACGACCUUUCGAAGCUGCCUGCGGAGCGCGUCGAACGCGAGCGCGCUGGCAAGAUGCAGGAGCUCGCCCGGAAGAGCAGCGAGAAGCAGCAGUUCAAGUCAGGGGAGGGCCUGAAGGCUGGCCUCGUUCGUGCCGAGACCGACAUCGGCGUUUGGCACGGGCGGUACCUUUCGCGAAAGCACAUCGAGGGGGGGGCGGCCGAGAUCGAGCCAGAGAAGCGCCCGAAGUUCACCCCCGUCAUGUACGCCCACCCGAUCCGCGCCACGACGAAGUUCGUGUACACCGGGGGCGGCCGCAACGGGCGCAUCGUGGGGGUGGCCGGCCUGCCCUGGAUCGACUGCGCGGUGCCAGCGCGGGCGCUGGCAGAGCUCGAGGACGAGAUCGGCCGGGUGGAGCUGAGGGUCAGCGCGGCGCAGCUCUCGGGGCCACACACCUCUGGCCGCCUGGGCGCGUGCUUCGACUGGACGGACAGGGUCGCAUGGCGAUGGCCCGCAGAGGUCGUCGGCAAGAUCCUGCUCGCCUUCUACCUCGCCGCACUGCCCUACACCUCGGCGUCCAGCGCGCCGGCCGCGUGGACGAUCCUGCACGCGGUCGUCAUCCUCGGCCUCCUCGUCCUGGGCGUCGGCACGGUCGUCGCCGGCCCCCACACGAGCUUCGUGGACAACUUCGCGCUGGCGUCGUGGAUGCUCGUGGCCUGCGCGGGCAGCUUCAUGUACGUCGGCGGCAUCUCCGUCGAGCUCGCCGCCUUCGCUGCGGCGAUGUCCGUGCUGUGCUUCACCGCAGCGCCGGUGGUCGUGUUCUUCCUCACGAGCCUCCUCCUGAUCGCCCUUUCCCUCGUCUCCGCCUGCUCGGACCUGCGCCGGCGGGUGGUGCCCGCCGUGGUCCAGAACUGGAUCCUGGAGGGCGAGUCCCUGGCCCUGUCGGCUGGGAGCGAGGGGGGCAGCAGGGUGGCCGCCUCGGGGUACUCGAGGCUCGACCUCGGUGCCCAGGCGGGCUCCCACGAGGACCGUGGCCAGCUCGGCGAGGGCAGCUUCCCGGACUGCAGGGUCUUCGACGCGAAGGCGGCGCCGCUGGGCACGCUGACGGGGCAGCUGCCUGCCAGGAGCAAGCGCGCGGUGGCCCACCACCUGCUGAGGAUCCCGGACGCCCCAGGCGCGCGCAUCGACCAGGAGCAGUCUGUCCGCGGGACGGUGCCCAUGGAGGUGAACCGCCUCUUCUCGCAGAGGAGCGUGGGGAUCCUCGUGCGCCAACCGUUCGGGGCGCUCAUCACGAGCAGGAAGGGGCUGCUGCUCUUCUGGCAGCCGCACCUCAACGAGGGCGGGCUCAUGUGGAACGAUGUGAUCAGGAAGGUCUUGGGCCGAACUGCUGCCGCCGAGACGGCCAUACGCCUGUUCGAGGAGGCGUUCGGGCGGGGCUCGGACAGGGAUCAAGUUGCUCCAAAGCGUUCCAGAACCCUCCGAGAGCGGCGUUCCAGAACGCUCCGAGAAGGCCGCAGCCUCCAGGACCGCCAGAUCUCUGAGAUACCCCCGACCUCUCCCUGUGCGACUUUGUCCCUGUCCUGGCCUCGCCCCAGGCGUCGGAGGCCGCGGCGCCGAACGCGUCCUCGGAGCCGAGCUCGCCGCUGGUCAUCGUGGAGGUGGAGGGCGAGGUGGGGCCGGACGCUGGGCGCGGCCGCCCGUGACCGGGGGGGGGAGGGCAGGGCGGCGCGCGAAGGGGCGCGGCGGUGCCCGCGGGUGGGGUGGCAGACGCACGGGGGCGCGAUGGGGGAAGGGAGGAUGCUGCUGCAGGGUGCACUGCUCCCACCCCGUGCGCAGCGUGGCUGCGCGCGGCGGACGCCCGUGCCGCCCGCGAGUUCUCUGGCCUGCAGUCUGACGCGCCCCGUGCCUUCCCCUGCUUCCCGGCGGGGCCGGGCCCCGCCCCUUGGGGCCCUCCCGGCGUGCCAGUCAGCAAAGUCCUGAAGUGGCGCCGUCGACGCGACCGUCCUCCCCAUGAGAUCCUGGCGGCUCCCUUUUUCUCGAGCCAGCUGCUUUCGCCCAGCGUGAUCUGCCACGACGUUUCGAUUUGGCGGGGCGUCGGAUCUCAGGGAAGAGUGCCGGUGAAUUACCGGUGGACCGUACAGGAAGAGGCCGCGCCUAGAUGGCACACUGGCAAUAGACCGCUUUAAGCGAACGUUCAGAGAGAUAGCGAAAAGAGGCGAGGAUGCAAACGCGCCGGUGCACAGACGCUGAAGAUCUAGGGGGAGGGUCGACGAAG